UAUGAUUUUAUAGUGGUGUAGUUUCGGCUUCCUCCUUUUGAAUUCACUGACCCCAAUCGCUAGAGUGAUGUUUUAAGAUGGUGGCCGCAGUAAAACUUCGCAAUUUUCGCAAAUAUAGUCUUAAAAGUGAUUAAAUGUGAGCUGUAAAAGAUGAGUGACUCAAACAAUCCGUCCACAAGUACUGGGGAUAAGGAGCAGGCUCCUGCACCCAGUACUGCACCAGAUAAUGCACCAGAUAAUGCACCAGAUGCAACGAAACAAGCAGUAGCAGAAGAGAACCCUCCACCCACUGAACAAGAUAAAGGACCUAUUCAAAAACCCAAAAAACAUAAAAAGAAGAAGAAACGGUCAAAAGACCAAUCAAAUGAGGAAAAUAAAGACCCCUCAGUCCCAACACAAGAGGCAAAGGCUGCAGCUCCGACAGAAGAAACCAUGAGCAAAAAUGUUGAAAGUACAGAACCAUUGAAAGAAACUGAAAAUGUUGUAAAAGACCCAGAGCCUACGGAAGCUGUUCCAAUAGCUGCUAGUACACCUACCGAGGCUGUUCCAUCAACUGUUGCAACAGGCAAACCCCCUCAGGAAGAGGACUCCAAAGUGCUGAAUGGAGAACAGCCCCAAGAUGAAGCUGUGAAAGUAACAGAUGAUGGAACUGUUAAAGUUGAAACUGAGGAGAAUGAAGAAUCUGUUCCUUUUCCUACUGUUAAGACAACAACAUCAAGGACAAAGACGUAUGACUUUGAAGAUCGCGACUUCAGUAACCUUGACCCUCGUGACUAUGGAAUUGAGUGGAAUGAAGAGGAGUUUAAAUAUGAUUUCACUCCUAAAGAUGGAGAAGAAGAUGGGCAGCCAAAGAUUGUAAAAAUCAUCGAAAAGAUGGAAAAAGAGGAGACAGAGUUUGAUAUUCCUGAGCCUCCAUCUUUGUUUUCUGCCCCGGAGCAUGCCCCAAUGUACAAGAAGAUUUCAGAGUUGAAGCUGCAGAUGGAAGAAGAGGAGAUUAAUCAAUAUGUGGAUGAGUUUGAACAUACAAUAAAAGAUGAGGUGCUCAUGAUUGGGAGUAUAUCUUUGGAAGAGGUCCAGGAAGAGGAGAAGAGACUUCGCGAUGAGCAUAUCAUGUAUCAGCAACAGGAAGCCAUUGCAUCACGCAUGAAGUAUGAGGAACUACUUCUUAAAGAGGAAGAAGCAAAGCGUAGAGUGGCCACAACACUUAAAGAUAGGCGUACUAAUAUCAGACAUCAAGAGGAGCUAGCUUUACAAAGAGAGAGGCUACAGAUGGACAGACUCCAUAAGGCAUUCAGACGUGCAGAGAAUCAACUCAUUUCAUCUCUGGAGAGACGUAAGGGAGAAGUCAAGACAAUGUAUGGUGACUUGGUGAUGGCUGAUGGCCACUAUGGGGGAUCUACUGGUCGUCGUUGGAAGGUAGACUGGGACAAGACUCCUCAGCCCAUACAGGUGAAGCUAAGCUGUCUCAGAGGGGUCAAGGACAAGUUACCAGCUGGGCGUUAUGUGUUGAUGGCGUCCCUUUAUAACAGACUGGGGGGUCACGUGAUGCGCUGGUCUAACCUGAAAGGUCAACAGUGGGGAGGGGCAACUCUUCCUAUGCACCAUGAUGGCAACUUCUAUAACUAUGAAAUGAAGUUUGACCAAAGUGUCUUCACUGUUCUACCUUCCAAACCUAAUGUAAGACCUGGCAUGGUGCUGGUAUUUGAGGUCUUCCUGUUGCGUGGAAAUGUUGUGGCCACAGACCGUGUUGUAGGCUGGGGAGCAUUCCCUAUCUGUGAUGCCACUUUUGAUAUCAUCGAAGGAAAGUACAAGGUUCCUCUAUUACGUGGUGAAAUGGAUCCUAUGAUUGAUAAACACACCAAGGUUGAAGAAUUGAUGGCUACCGACCUUGAUCAUUGGCUCUGUAAUCUCUAUCUAGAAGUGAUAAAGCUUCCAAGGUACCUAGCUGGUCAGAAGGAGUAUGAGGUGGAACUGCAGUUCAGCGCUGGUUUACUCAGCUAUCCUGACAGGGUGAACACUGGGGGAGAGAUGAACAGGGAUGGAGAGGAUCCCAUCAGUGGAUCAAAGCUAAAUGUCAAACUUGGUGAAAACAAUGAAUUGGGUUCAAUGACCAGUCUGAACAUAGCAUCCACUAGCAGCAGGGAGGAGAAUGCAUCAUUGGGGCAUGACUCCACUAAGAAAUUAGCUCUACCUAGCAGUAGCAGUGAUGGCAAAGGAUCAGACUCUGACUCUAUUAAAAAGUUUUCUCUGUCCACGAGUGAUUUGCAAACUGGUCGGCCAAUGACCACUGUUGGUUCACGUAACAUUCACAAAGACAACAAAAUCAAGAUGGCGGGUGAUUCUGAUGAGUCGGACUAUGAUGAGGAUGACAUCUUUGUGCUUAAGAAAGAUGAUGAAUUCUACCCUGUGAAAGACAACCCUGGCAUGUAUUAUAAGCGUCAUCUGAACAACCCAGUGGAUGUGUACCAUAAGAAAAUGUAUACCAUGAUCCCAAAGACACCACUUCUGGCCAAGAAACGUCAGAAAAAGAAGUUGACUCAUCUUGAAGAACUGGAGCUCCAUACAUUCUCUGUACAGCCACCAUUCUCUGGGAAAGGCUCCCUAGCAAGGAAUGGCUGGGAGAAAGUCUCUUACGUUGGUCGUCAGUUUAUGGCAGAACUCGGACUCUCCCAGUGGCGAAGUAGAGAAUUCUGGGGCAUGUUGUUGAUGUUUGUGGUCGUGUUUUUCAUUCGUAUGUACAUGCAUUACAUCGGCCAGUGGCUCUUCUUGAAUGGAAUUUCAAUCCCGAUUAACAAAUUUGAAUUCCUGCCAUACACAGUGAGUUUGAACUACCAGAAUACACUGCUUCACACAAGGGAAGAGAUUGCUUUGGUGACCAUAGGGCCUUUCAUGAAUGUUCUUAUAUUCACGAUAUUGGUCAUAAGCAGCUGGCUCUGUCAAAGGAUUCUUGGUUCUUUCCCAGAUAUUGGAUCGAAAUUCACAGUGGCUUAUGGGAUACAAGCUUUUCUGGACCCUUUCCUCAUUGCAGCCAUAGAUUGUGCACUUUUGCGUUGGCGUAAUUUGGGUGGAGACAUUCCUAUUGGAGACUUUGCUAAGCUUUACUGGCACUUUGUUCGCUCGGAGGGCUCUGGAUUGGCGGGAAUCCUCAUCACGGUGUUUCUCUAUAUAUUCACCUGUUUCUGCGCUGGGAGCAUACUGUACAUGUACUUCCUCAGACUUCACAACAAUGGUCGCAUGCUGGAUGUUUACUGGAGACUGCAUGGUAAAGAGGAUAAUUUCUUUGUUCCGUAUGACCUUGAACUGUCCAAUCAGGAGCUGAGUUACAUCACAAAGAAGUCUGAGCAAUGGCGAGGAGAGGAAGGCGAGAGGCGUAAAGUGGCGGUCUAUGACUAUGUAUGGGAGGAAGAAAAUCUGGAGGAGACAAUUUGGGAUGAGAAUGGGGAAGUUGUAGAGAAGAAUGAAUGUAAGAGAGAGGUGACAACCCAUGUCUCUGUACACACAUGUCACCUUGAUGGACUGAGGGAGCUGCAUAGACACUUCCUCAAGAUGCCUGAUGGAGCCAUUGUGGAGGUGUUUGGAGAUAUGUCUGUGUCUGGUGUUGAUAAGGACAUGAAGAAUGCCAUAGAAGCUGGAGCUAAAGAUGUGGAGAAUCUGAUGGGAUCUCAAUACAGCCUUAAUAAGGUGAAAGGUCGUGAAACAGCUUGGACCAAGAGUGGCUUCAACCUUGAUGAUGAUCUAAAUGCUGGAAGACCAAUGAGCCGAGAAGGAAGUGUUGUGCGCCCUAGAAGUGCAGCAAGUAUUGCCAGUGUACAAAAUGAUUUAAACCGUCCCCCAAGUGCUCGCCGUCCACCGAGUGCAAGGCGCCCACACUCUGGCAACCGUCCAUCUAGUGGUCAACAGCGACCCCGUCCCGGUAGUGCUGGACCACUACCUGAACUUAAAACAGAAUAAGUUUUACAAAUUCUGGAACAUUCUUAUAAAAGGAAUCACGAUACAGCUAUAUACUAAAGACAUCUGCAUAUAUGUGGGGGUGAAAUAUAUGAAACACCCUUAACUACAUUGAUAUAUACUUGCAUACAUGUAGAUUGUAGACUGAUAUCAAAACCAUAUAAGAUACAGCUAUAUAUGUACCUAUAUUAACUAGUGAAGACUGAUAUCAAGACCAUAUACAUGUAUACAUGACUGUUUGGUCAUUAUGUGCCGUCCUAGCAUGUCCUUAUAGGGACAGUAGUAUACAUAAACUUAAAUGUAUCUUGCCACUCUGUAUUGCCUGGUUGCUUUGAUAAAAUGUCAUUGGAAUGCAAAUUCAGCAACUUAUUUGUAACAGUUAUCCUAUGAAAAAUUCAACUAAUUUCUUUUAUAGAAAUACUGGGUUCUUAGUAAGCUCGUGUGGCAUAAUUGAAAAAACUAAAGUUUUUUGGGAUGUAUACGAUUUUAUGAAAAAUAAUGUAAGGAAACAUAAUAUUAUAAUGUAUUGUAUAAUUUCUAGAUGUUGUAACUAAUUAUUUUUAUGUGUAGAACUAAUAGAUGUGUCCAUUUAAUCUAAUAUACCUGUACCUAUAGAUAAUUAGUAAGUGCUGGACACUUAUGUGUGUCAGUUAUAUGUGUCUGUGUCAAUGUGUCACCUUAAUUCAGCCAAAAAUGUCACCAAAGAUGAAUUAAAAAUAAUGUUAUUUUGUUGUAUUUUUCUUUAUAUUUUGAUCAACAUUACAACUGUAUAAUCAGAAAGGUUAUAACUCUACACAUUUUUAUAAUAUUUGCAUUCAUAAUGCAUGGAGAUGGAUUUUUAUAGUUUAUAAUGCAAUAUUCACUUACACACAGGCUGGACUCCUGAUUGAGUUUUCAUCUUUUAUAUGAAAUAUGAUGAGUAAUGUAAAAUUAUGUGUAUGUAACAUUUAACUAAAUGUACAUCUUCACAAAAACUAUAAUAUUAUACAUGUAUAUAUAUGAUAAAAUAAUCCGAAAUAAAGCUAGAGAAUUCAUUCCAACACGUUUCUUUUUAAAAUCUCCAGGGAAUAUAUACCAGUAAUAUCAGUAAUUAUUAUAUCA